AAAAUGGCGAUCUCCAUGAGCGUGUGAAUGUCAUUCAACAUUCAACACUUCGUUGCUUUGUUCGAACUUUUUUCUGCCAUUCGCUGCCACUUUCUGCUUAAAAAUUUAAAGCGAAUUCUUGCGCGUUACGAGUCUUCUGUAUCUAAAAUAUUUAAUUAAUAUUAUUAAACAAAUAGAAAUACAUCCUUCUUUUUAGAAGAGUUCAGUUGACAAUUGACAAUCUUUAUUAAUUUUAAAAUUUAAUUUAAAUAAAAAAAAUGCAAAGUGUAGUUUCGUAUGGAAGAUUUUUGUUUAGAGCAGUCGUUAACGAAAUAGGCAACGAGUUUCUUUCGAGUCACUGGUUGAGUAGCAACAGGUUAAUCACAUCUCUAAAAAGACGUACUUUCCAUUUAAUAUCCGCACUUUCCGGUUUGUCUAAAACCCAUUCUGGACCCCCACUAUCACCAUCUUUUUCUCCGUCUUUCAGCCAAAUCAACCAAAGAUCUUUUGGUGAUGAUUCAUGUUUUGCCGUUCAAAAUAAUGCAGCUGAUGUGUUAGGAGUGGCUGAUGGAGUCGGGGGUUGGCGAACAUACGGGGUGGACCCCUCACAGUUUUCUCGUUCACUCAUGGCAAUUUGUGAACGAUUAGUGAAAUUAGGAAAAUUUUCUGCAAAAAAACCAAUUGAGUUACUAAACAAUAGCUAUGAAGAAAUGCAGUUAGAAAAAACUUCAUUAAUAGGAAGUUGCACCGCAUGCAUUGUUGCUUUGAACAGGGAAGAUAAAAAGAUCUACACGGCUAACCUUGGGGACAGCGGUUUUCUGGUCAUCAGGGAUGGGCGGAUCAUACACAAGUCAGAGGAACAAACACAUUACUUCAACACACCUUUUCAAUUGGCACUUGCUCCUACCAUGGUUCCGGGAGCUUUCAUUAGUGAUAGUCCCGAUUCAGCUCAAUCGACGACAUUCAGUGUUGAAGAGGGGGACUUGAUAUUGAUCGCAACUGAUGGCCUCUUUGAUAAUUUGAAUGAUCAAGUCAUCCUUAAACAUUUAUCUAAUCUUAAGGCAGGCAGCUCAUUGGCUGACCUACAAAAAGUAGCCAAUGAAAUUGCAAAUGAGGCCCACAAAUGCGGAUUCAAUCCAUCUCACAGAUCUCCAUUCUCCAUCAAUGCUGCCAAUAAUGGCUUCAAUGUUAUUGGUGGCAAACCAGACGACGUGACAGUCCUGUUGGCUCAGGUGGCCUGCGCCGGGUCCAGUACCGAUAAUUCGAUCGAUAGGAAUGUGCUUGGCCAAUGUAACGAUAAUUACAACAGUAGUGGUGAUGGUAGACCUCAUCCUCCUCCUCUUCAUCAUCAUCAUCAUCACGGCAAUAAAAACAAUGUUCCUCUGUGAAUGUGUGUGUAUGUGUGGGUGUGUAUGAACUAGUGUAUGUGUGUGAACGAGUGUAUGUGUGUGAACGUUUGUGAAUGUGUGUGGGUGCUUUUACUUUGAAUACUGAAACUGAUGACGAUGUGGAUGAUAUGAAAUGAUUGUAUUGAUGAUGGAGAUGUUGAGAUUGUAAUAAUGAUGUUGAAGGGGCUCAUUUGGACUCUGGAACUGUUGAGUUCACGAGUCUUCCUUUAGCUAUCUUAUAGACAUCUAUUUAUGUGUGUGUGCGCGUGCGUGCGUGUGUAAAUAUGUGUGUGGUGUGUGUGUGUGUGUGAGAGAGAGAGAGAGAGAGAGAGAGAGAGAGAGAUGAAAUUUAAUUUGUCUUGUAUAAAUAACGAACGUGUUUUUAAUGUUGAUAUAAAUUGUAUGAAGGAUAAUUAAUAAUUAA